AUGCCGCAAAUGCGUUUGAGUGCCGAAAAGAGGAUGAGGAAACAUCUCCUCGAACAACUCAAGGCCCGUAAGAUCCUCGGCGCCAGAAUCGCCCAAGGUUACAAGAAAAAGGAAGACUUGAUCAGAUUGAACUUGGCUCCUCAAGUGUUCAUGUUCAAAAACCUCUUUUCUGGCCAGGUCAUGUACUCGCAAGUGCCAGCAUACCACCAGGACCAGAUCAAUGCGCUGUUCCCACGUCCGAACUGGGAAAACAGAAGACCAGCCAGAAGAAACGAUCUCUGGAAACUCAUGUGUGUGGCUUCGUUUUCUAACUAUAACUACGCUAUUGCUGCUUAUAACGGGUUGAUGAAGUUGAGGCAGGCGAGAGAUAUCCACCAGGCAAAGGAGGCCAAGCUGAUGAGAAAGAAGAACGAUGAUGGUAAUACAUGGUACUGGAGUCAGUUCAGACCCACGCAUUCACAGGAAGCCGUGGCCGACUUGGCACAUGUCAUUGACGAGUUUGAGUUGGAAAACACCAAGAUCCACUGGGAGAAUGUUUGGAGAAAGGGAGAUGACGCUCACUGGAGAAUGGACUUGGCUGAGCACGAAACGUUACCUGCGUUCACGCCCAAGUUCCAGAGCAUUGUUCUUGACGAGAUGAGAUUGAAGGGGCUUGAUUUCGUUCUGGAGUUGAGAGCGGCUGCCGAGGAGGAGGCCGAGGAGCCGUUGGAGACGAUGGAGACGUUGGAGAAGGAGACGCAGACUGUAGCAUAG